GCACAACCAUUGAAGAAGCUCACAACUUGAGUCAUAUGACAACUGAAGUGCUUUAAGGGAAACUUCUCACUCAUGAGAUGGCUAUGAAGGACUAUGAUAGUGAGGAGGACAAUAAAAAGAAAAAGACCAUUGCACUCAAGGCUACUCAACACAGUGAAGGUGAGGAGGAAGGUGACUUAGAUGAGGAUAUUGUGAUGCUCACCAAGAAAUUUAAAAAGUUCUUGAAGAAAGAAAAUUUCAAGAAGCAAGGAGGACUAAAAAGGAACAACAGAAGUGAUAAAUACAAGAGGGAUUCAAACAAGAAGGACAAAAUCAUAUGCUAUCGCUGUAAGAAGCCUGGACAUGUGAAGUUUGAAUGUCCUUUUGGCAAUGCGAAAAGUCUCAAAGCAAAAGAAAAAAAGAGUAAAAAAGCCCUGGUGACAACUUGGAGUGAUGACAGCUCAGACGAGGAAUCAAGUGACUCUGAAGUGGCAAACUUAUGUCUCAUGACCAAAGAAGAAGACACUCAAGAGGAAUACCUAAAGGUAAAAGAAACAAAGAAGAAAAGCAAGAGCAAAUGGAAUAAGGUUUGGACUCUUGUACCAAGACCCAACGAUCAUCCUACCAUUGGGACAAAAUGGGUCUUUAGAAACAAACUUGAUGAGAAUGGUGAUGUGAUAAGGAAUAAAGCCAGGUUAGUUGCUAAAGGAUAUAGCCAAGAGGAAGGAAUUGACUAUGAUGAAACAUAUGCACCUGUAGCAAGAUUGGAAGCAAUUCGAAUGUUAUGCGCAUUUGCAGCUCACAUGAAUAUAAAACUUUAUCAAAUGGAUGUAAAAAGUGCAUUCCUCAAUGGUUACAUCAAGGAAGAAGUAUAUGUGGAACAACCACCUGCAUUUGAAGAUCCUCACUAUCCAGAUCAUGUGUACAAACUUUCUAAAACACUUUAUGGACUCAAGCAAGCUCCACGAGCAUGCUAUGAAAGGUUAAGUGGUUUUCUCAUUGAAAAAGGGUUCAAAAGAGGUAAAGUUGACACUACACUAUUUAUUAAACAUGAGCAAUCUGACAUGCUUAUAGCGCAAAUUUAUGUUGAUGAUAUAAUUUUUGGUUAUACUAAUGAGGUUUUUUGUGAGAAAUUCUCUAAAGUAAUACAGGGUAGGUUUGAAAUAAGUAUGAUGGGAGAACUCAAUUUCUUCCUUGGAUUACAAAUCAAGCAAACCAAAGACAGCAUAUUCAUCCAUCAAGCAAAGUACACAAAGGAAUUGCUCAAGAAAUUUGGGAUGAAUAACUCCAAGAUAGCAAGCACUCCAAUGAGUACAACUCUUAAGCUUGAUAAGGAUGAACAAGGUAAGGAUUUUGAUAAAAAACUGUAUAAAAGCAUGAUAGGCUCUUUGCUAUACUUAACUGCAUCUAGACCUGUCAUCAUAUUUAGUGGCACUACUUGUAUGGGUUUAUGGUACGUCAAAGGAAUGACAUUUGAUCUCUUAGGCUAUUCUAAUGUCGACUUUGCUGGUUGCAAAGUGGAUAGGAAAAGCACAAGUGGAUCGUGUGAAUUUCUUGCUCGUAGAGUUCUUUUUGGGAGACAAACUGAUGAUGAUUUUCUCAUUGGUAUGGAGUUUCCUUUUCUUGCUUAUUUUGAAGAAUGGCAGUGGGAAAAAUUUCUAAGCUUGAAUAGGCCAUAUUAUCGAUUUCUUAGCAAAAUAUUUUAUUUUAAUAUGAUGCCCCAAGGACAUGAUAAGGAUUACAAAUUUUCAACUUAUGUGAGGGGUAAAAACAUUGAAGUGAAUCCGGGGAAGAUCAGUAGAAUUAUAGUCAGAACAGUAGGCAGUGAAACUUUUGUUGAAGAUAAGCAAUUCAAUUUUGUUGAGGCCUCUAGAGUUGUCUUUCAAGAUAAAUCCUUAGCUUGUGAACGCUUUGACACUAAUAGAUUGCCAUUGCACAUGAGAUUGCUGCAUUUGAUUAUCACUCAUACCAUCACCCCAAGAAGUGGGAAACACUCCUCCAUCACUCAUGAGGAUCUUUGGUUGAUGUAUCGAAUUGUUACUAAAAAUCCACCCAACUUGAGUAAGGUUAUAAUCGGGCACAUGAAAACCAUUAUAAAAACAGAUGAUGGUGCUGCAUUGCCAUAUGGGAAUCUAGUGACUAAGCUUCUGAACUUGGAAAUAGGAGACAUCAAUGAAGAAAAAUCUCAUCCUAUUGGUAACAAAAUUGGUGCUACUUCUGUUAGGUUGAUAGGCUUUAUGCAGGAUGAAUCUGGACAGUGGAUCAGAAAAACAGAACUAAGGGACACUUCUAGAAGACCAGAAUCUCUGAAGGAGGCUGAACCAAAGACAAACUUGUUGUCAAAAGUGCUGAAAGAGGGGGAGAAGGAGUCAAAUGUGCAAAUUCAAGAUUCAAGCUUCAAAGCACAAGUGAACUAGUGCAUGGACUAAGGAGAGAGAUAUGCAUGGAUUAAGGGGGAGAUUUUCUUAAACUUAAUCUCUUUAUGCAUAUUUUCUUUGAAAGUUGAUAUUUUAUGCAUUGCUUGUUUUAGAUGUGCACAUUUGGUUUUGUCAUCUCAUAAAGGGAGAGAAUGUUAUUCUUGAUUUUGAUGAUUUAAAAAAACCAAAUGUGGAUUAGAAUAUUUAUUUUAUUUGCCAGUAAAUUAGGAUAUGUUAU